CGCUGUGUGGCGCGAGUAUACAGCAGACGUCUGUAAUGUAACUGUAGUUCUCGAGGCUGUAUUUGGACGCUGUCUCGCGACAAAAUCUGUAGUCCCCGACUCACCGGCUGAAGCUGCGGUUCGGUAGUGGUCGGUGAAUGCAUGGUCCCCAUCUAUAAAGCCCGACUUUAAGUCGCAAAGGGGUUACACUGACCGUAGAAAGGGCGUUUUUUAAGCUUUAUGCUUUAUAGUUAAUCAUUUAAGCAGCACAAACAUGGGUGUGGAAGUCGAGACAAUAUCUCCCGGCGACGGACGGACAUUUCCAAAGAAAGGCCAGACAUGUGUAGUUCAUUACAUAGGUAUGCUCCAGAACGGGAAAAAGUUUGACUCCUCUCGAGACCGGAACAAGCCCUUCAAGUUCAAAAUUGGACGGAUGGAGGUCAUAAAGGGCUGGGAAGAAGGAGUAGCACAGAUGAGCCUCGGUCAGAGGGCUAAGAUCACCUGCACACCAGACAUGGCUUAUGGAGCGACAGGUCACCCCGGGGUCAUCCCACCAAACGCCACGCUUAUUUUUGACGUGGAGCUGCUCAAGCUGGAGUGACUCCCUCAGCAAAACACCGGGGUCGGAGGUUAACGGGGACGCCAAGAGUCUGCAGGGAUACCAUACCUGGUGGCUGGCUCCCAACCUUCCUCCUGCUCCUCUUUAUUUCAACUUCUACAGUCUCCCUCGAUUCAAUGUUUAAGUGUAACUUCUGCUGCUUUGUUGCCAUCUUGUCAUCACGGAUUCUGCUUGAAGAUAUCCACGUCACACAAGACUUUUAGACACAAGCACAGUUUGUUUUCUGUUUGUAAGAGAUGCUCUUUGUUGAGUUUCAUUUUAUUGCCGUAAAAUCUCUCAGAGGAAACCUUUCGCCAGAUGAAAAUCAAUAAUACAUUGCAAUCAAAACAUAAACUGCCUUACGAAUUGAACAACACAGGAAGGGUACAAAUGUGGAAGAUUCACCAUUUCUGAUCUGUAUAUUGACCGGGCAUUAAAAACCACUGUCUGCAUUGCCACUUUGAUAAAUGCUUGUCCUGCUGAAUGCUCUGAAUGAUGUUGCUGUUUAGUGUAUUUUAUAACCGUGAUGCACAUUUACUGCAAGUGUACCCUAUCAAAUUUGAUCAAUGCUGUACAACACUCUUGAAGAGCCAUUACAACUAUAACAGUUUACCGACCAACUCUUGAAUAAAAAUGGCAUGUACUGUGUUGAGAAGUAAAA